AUGACCCUGCGCCGGCUCAGGAAGCUGCAGCAGAAGGAAGAGGCGACCGCCGGCCCGGACCCUGCCGCGCGGACCCCGGGCUCGGACGCCGCCCCGGCCCCGGCCCUGGCCUCGGGGUCCCCCGCAGCCUCCGCCAGCGCCGGCUCCCCGGGGGACGAGCUGUACGCGGCGCUGGACGACUACCACCCCGCCGAGCUGUACCGAGCGCUCGCCGUGUCGGGGGGCACCCUGCCCCGCCGGAAGGGCUCCGGGUUCCGCUGGAAGAAUCUCAGCCAGAGUCCUGAACAGCAGAGGAAAGUGCUGACUUUGGAGAAGCAGGAGAACCAGACCUUCGGCUUUGAGAUCCAGACAUAUGGCCUUCAUCACCGGGAGGAGCAGCGUGUGGAGAUGGUGACCUUUGUGUGCCGAGUUCAUGAGGCCAGCCCUGCCCAGCUGGCUGGGCUCACACCAGGAGACACCAUCGCCAGUGUCAACAACCUGAACGUGGAAGGCCUCCGGCAUCGAGAGAUUGUUGACAUCAUCAAGGCUUCUGGCAACGUGCUCAGGCUGGAAACUUUGUAUGGGACAUCAAUUCGGAAAGCAGAGCUGGAGGCCCGGCUGCAGUAUCUAAAGCAAACUCUUUAUGAGAAGUGGGGUGAAUACAGGUCCCUAAUGGUGCAGGAGCAGCGCCUGGUGCAUGGUCUGGUGGUGAAGGACCCGAGCAUCUACGACACUCUGGAGUCUGUGCGCUCCUGCCUGUACGGUGCGGGCCUGCUGCCAGGCUCUCUGCCCUUUGGACCCCUGCUGGCCGCCCCUGGGGGUCCCCGUGGGGGUGCCGGCCGCCCCGGGGGUGACCCCGAUGAUGCCGUCUACCACACGUGCUUCUUUCGGGGUGCAGAGCCCCCUGCCCUGCCGCCGGUGCCACCACCUGCCCGCGCACCCGGCCCCGCAGAGCCCCGCGCCUCCGCCCCUGCACCCCGCAAUCUGCUGAGCCGCAGUGCCAGUGUCAGGUGUGCUGGCCCCGGUGCGGGAGGCGGCGGCGUGCCUGGCUCGCUCUGGACUGAGGCCCGCGAGCAGGCCCUGUGCGGGCCGGGCCUACGCAAGACCAAGUACCGCAGCUUCCGCAGGCGGCUGCUCAAGUUCAUCCCUGGACUCAACCGCUCUCUGGAGGAGGAGGAGAGCCAGCUGUAGGGGUGCAGGGGCCGGGCAGAUGCGGGGAUGUAUUUAUUUAUUUAUUGGUUACAGUCAGUGCAGAAAGGGGGCCGGGCCAAGGGGACCCCAGGAGCCUCACUGUGGGAGAGGGUCCUGGCCAGCCCUGGUUCAAGGCCUGUGCCCGCAGCCUUGAACCCUGACCCCCCAGCGUUGUUUCUUCACCCCUAAACCACAGCCAGAGCUGGGGCUGGGGAGAACCGAGGGAGCUCAGGCUUGGGAGAGGAUCCAGCACCCAAAACGGGGCGUCCCACCCCACAUCGGGGAUUGUAGUGCCUUGUGGGGUAUCCAGGAAACCCCUCUUAUGUGGGGACCGGUCCCACACAGCCCUCUCCUCAGCUUUAUUUGCUCCCCAACCUUGGCCUUGGGGAAGAUGACCAGUGGUCGGUCUCCCUUUCACCCCCCCUCCCUAAAUGUUCUUCCAGUAACCAGCGGGUCCCUCUCCCGUCUGGCCUGGACCCCCCAAGGGCUUUGACACCACUCCAGGGCCUGUAACUAAGCCAGGUCCUGCCAGGGAGGGGUCCUGGGUUCUGCGCCCUUUGGCGGACAGCAACACGCAGGUCCAGCUGGGUGGGGGCAGCCAGACUGUUCCACUGUUUGUUUCUGAACCUCAGACAUAAAAUGGACAGGUUUUUG